AUGAGCCCGGCUCCAUUCCUCUAUGAUCUUCAGCAACCCCCGUCACCUAGCUCAUGGGGUUCCGGUUUUCGUAUGGGGGAGGGGGACCCAAUCGCCCUGUCGGUCCAGAGACCGACCAGCCGACUGACAACGGCCGCGGUCCCUCAGGAACUAACAUCGCUGCAGCCAAGUUAUCCUGGGAAGGACCUAGUGCUAAACCCGCUGGCCACCGACACAACCCUGUUUCGGCCAUCAUUGCCGCAUAACCAAAGUCCAGGCUACAUGCCACAAGACCUGGUCGAUAUACGACAGGGGCUGCAGAUCAUCUCCAACUACCCGGCCUGGAUGCUGGCUAAGACCUCGCAAUCGCCCUUCAUACAUCACCGACUCGCCCACGGCUCACGCCAAGGUAUGCCUGAGCCUAUCGCCGUAGCACUGGCGUGCGUGGGCAUGAAGCUGCCGUCACAGGGUCUUGCGAAGAACUUUGUGUGUAAUACUUUCCGCGAUCAGCGGCAGAAAGUAAUUGCCCAAUUAGAUAACAAUGGAGGCCAGCCAACUUCUCCCCAAAGCCUUGAGGAUAUCUGCUCGUACCUCCACGCUUUGUCCAUUUACCAAAUUGAAGGGCUUCUAUCUUCGAAUCGAUAUGAAGCCCCAUUUUCUUCCGCCGAGCUCUAUCACGAAUAUUUAAUCAAGAUGAUGCGUCGCAUGAGCCAAACUCAUCGCGCGGUUCUUCUAGGCAGUAGUUCAGAGGAUCAAUGGGAAACAUGGUUUGUCAAUGAGACAUUUCGACGGAUAUUUUAUCUAGUGUUCCUCGUUCACCACCUUUUAGGCGCCAGCAAGAGUUUAAUGCCCGCAUAUUUCGAGCCGCUGCUGCCUUUGGUCGAUCUGCGACCGCUGCAAUUGCCCUGUGCGGAGGAGAUGUGGAAUGCGCCGGACGCAGAGGACUGGGCCCGAGCCCGCCAGCGCGUGGAUCAACAGCAACCGAACAAAUUGAGUCUGGGUGAAUUUCUAGACGCGAUGACUGCGGGGGGUGCUUCGCCAGAUCAGUCGUCAAGAAUAGGCAUGUUGGGCGAGCUGCAGCGACUGAUCAUAAGCGUGGUGAAGAGUACCUGCACUGCGCAAUAG